GCGAGGUGGUUCGCUCCGGCCGCGCUGCGCCUGCAGGUUCCCCGGCGGGCGUGCAGGGCGGUGGGCUGCGGCACAGUGGGCUCAAACGCACAGCGCGCCGUCUCCGCGAUGCCGGUGCUGCUAGUGGCGUUGCUGGCCCUGGCGCUCGCCUUCUUCGCGCUGCUGGACGGCUGGUACCUUGUGCGCGUGCCGUGCGCCGUGCUGCGCGCGCGCCUACUGCAGCCGCGCGUCCGCGACCUGCUGGCUGAGCAGCGCUUCCCGGGCCGCGUGCUGCCCUCGGAUUUGGACCUGCUGCUGCACAUGAACAACGCGCGCUACCUGCGCGAGGCCGACGUGGCGCGCGCUGCGCACCUGACCCGCUGCGGUGUGCUUGGUGCGCUGCGAGAGUUGGGAGCGCACACCGUGCUGGCCGCCUCGUGCGCGCGCUACCGCCGCUCGCUGCGCCUACUCGAGCCCUUCGAUGUGCGCACCCGCCUGCUGGGCUGGGACGACCGCGCCUUCUACCUGGAGGCCCGCUUUGUCAGCCUGCGUGACGACUUCGUGUGCGCGCUCCUGCGCUUCCGGCAGCACGUACUGGGCACCUCACCGGAGCGUGUAGUGCUGCACCUGUGCAAGCGCAAGGUGGAGUCCCCUGAGCUGCCUGAAGACCUGCAACACUGGAUCACCUACAACAUGGCCAGCAGCCAGCUGCUCUGUGCCGAGAGUGGGCUCCGCAAGGUCAACAAGGACGAGUGACCGCUGCCUCCACACCUAGCCCUCCAUGCCCAUCUGAUGGCCUGUCCUGCAGAAAGAGCAGGCUGGGCUGGGCUCUCUCCAUGCUGGAGUGGCCCCUGCCCAGCCCCCUUCACUCGCUGGGAUCCCCAGUUACUGACAUCCCUCCGGGCUGGGCAGGGGAUAGGGUGGCAUUGACCCCCUGACCCAGCUCUGCCCCUGGGGUGGGGAUGGAUGGGCAGGGGGACCUGGCCCAGCCCUGCAGCGAGGCCACACUUCUGUGGCCUAGGUGGGGAGGAUGUGCCAGGAGCACAGCAGCCUGAGCACAUCUGGGUUGGAACUGCCAGGAGGGACGGGGCAGGGCCAGGCCAGAGCAGUCCUGGGCACAAGCUGGACAUCUGAAGGGUAGAGGUAGCAAUCACCAGGGUGGAGUCUGGUUGGUCAGAGGCUGGGCUGGAGGCAGACCAAGGGCAGGAGGGAAGAUUGGCUAGCAUUUGACAACAGCAGACAAGGUUACCCAAGCUUCCCUGGUGACACUGGCCUCUGGGCCAGAGGGCCAGGCAGGCAGCUAGGGCUUGUGGAUGGGAGGGGUCAGCUGGUACAGGGCUCCAGAAGAGGCAGCAGGCCUCCCUGCUGGGGUGUCCUGGUCAGAAAGAGAACAGAGCAGGGCUAGGUGCCCAUCAGGGCCAUGCUUGUAACCUCAGGCUGGGCUGCCCUGUCCGGACUGCAGCACCCCAGGCCUCUGUCCUCCCGUGAGGGCCGUCUCUGCCUGACCCCCUUCCCUGCUGUGAGGGCUGCCUCCCUAGAAGGCUGGGUUUUCCUGGCCUCUCUGCCUUCUGUUUUACAGGCCUCUUCCCUGCUGUCGAGCCAUGCCCUGUCUUGCUCUAGUGGUCUGUCCUGGCACCUGAUAGGGACACCAGGCUGCUGGAAUGUUGGCCAGGGCUGCCUGCUCCUGCCUAAUCCCUGGCCUUAACAGCUGGGGAAACUGAGGGCACAGUGGGGGCUGGUCCCCAGCCAGAGGCUCUGGCCAAUGCCCUCAGCUUCCAGAGAGAGGGUACCCUGUCUGGCUGGGGUGCUGGGGCCUGGGGUGGGUGUGGGGCUUGCUGCUUGCCUGCUUAGGCCCUGUGCCCCUGCCCCCACCAGCCGACCCAGAACUACCUCCUUGCUGCCCAGCCCCAGAAUCCCCCUUGAGUCAGAGCCAGGAGCUGUAGGGACGCCCCUGAUACCACCCACCCCGACCCCACACUGCUGCUGUUCUUGCCUUAAAGCCACUGUGGGAGCGCUGCAAUGUUUUUGUUUUAUUUAAAGAAAGUGCAAGAUUAAAGGGUUUCAAGUGCAA